GGCUCGCAGCGCUCGGUGCGGACACUGCCCGCAGCUCCUCCCCGGCGGCGGCGGCGGCGGCGGCGGCGGCUCGGAGCGGGCUCCGGGACUGGAGCGCAGCGGCCAGAGGACGCCGGGCUGCGAGGACUAGCCGGGGACGCGGUGGUCUCCCUACUGGAGCCGGACGGGGGCUCUCGGGGCGCAGGAGCGGAGGGCGACAAGACAGAUUCGGGCGGCCGGGUCGGUGGCCCGCGAGCUGCGCGGGGACCGGUGGAGCAGGCCGCAUCGCGCUCACCAUGGUCCGCUGCCGGGACACCGGGGUCCUGCUGUGCGCGCUGAUCGGCGGGCUGCUGCUUACAGGAGCUAGUUCAGAUUCAAAAUUAAAAGGUCCUGAACUGAGUUUAAAAGGCACCCAGCACAUCCUGCAAGCAGGGGAGAGUCUGUAUCUCAAAUGUAGAGGGGAAGCAGCCCUUUCAUGGUCUUUGCCUGAAACAGUGAGAAAGGAAAGCAAAAGGCUGAGCAUAACUAAAUCUGCCUGUGGGAGAAAUGACAAGCAGUUCUGCAGUACUUUGACCUUGAACAUGGCGCAAGCAAACCACACUGGCUUCUAUGGCUGCAGAUCUAUGUCUGCGCCUGCUUCAAAGAAGAGAACAGAAUCUGCAAUCUACAUAUUUAUUAAUGAUACAGAUAGACCUUUCGUAGAGAUGCACACUGAAAUACCUGAAAUUAUAUAUAUGGCUGAAGGAAGGGAGGUCAUCAUCCCCUGCCGGGUCACGUCACCUAACAUCAUGGUUACUUUGAAAAAGUUUCCCCUUGAGACCCUGGUCCCUGAUGGAAAGCGAAUAACCUGGGAUAGCAGGAAGGGUUUUAUCAUAGCAAAUGCCACAUACAGAGAAAUAGGGCUUCUGGCCUGUGAAACGACAGUCAACGGACAUUUGUACAAGACAAACUAUCUUACCUAUCGACAAACCAAUACAAUCAUGGAUGUCCAGAUGAGCACCCCAAGCCCAGUCAGGUUUUUGCAAGGUGACACACUCACUCUGAACUGCACAGCCACCACCGCCUUGAACACAAGAGUUCAGAUGACCUGGAGUUAUCCUGGUGAAGAAAGUAAGAGAGCUUCUAUAAGGCAACGCAUCGGCCGACGCGGUUCCCAUGAUAAUGUGUUCCACAGUAUUCUUACCAUUCGCAAUGUGCAAAACCAAGACAAAGGGCUUUACACUUGUCAUGUGAAGAGUGGCCCGUCACUCAAAUCUGCUAACGUCUCAGUGCACAUAUACGAUAAAGCAUUCAUCACUGUGAAACAUCGAAAACGGGAGGUGCUGGAAACCGUCUCUGGCAAGCGGUCUUACAGGCUAUCUAUGAAAGUGAAGGCAUUUCCCUCGCCAGAAGUCCUAUGGUUAAAAGAUGGGGUCCCUGUGACUGAGAAAUCAGCUCGCUAUUUGGUUCAUGGCUACUCAUUAACCAUCAAAGACGUUACUGCAGAAGAUGCAGGAGGUUACACAGUCUUGCUGGCCAUAAAGCAGUACAGUGUGUUUAAAAACCUUACUGCCACUUUAAUUGUAAAUGUGAAACCCCAGAUUUAUGAAAAGGCCGUGUCAUCCUUCCCAGACCCGACCCUCUACCCCCUGGACAGCAGACAGAUCCUGACCUGUACCAUUUAUGGUAUCCCUCAGCCUACAGUCACAUGGUUCUGGCGUCCGUGUAACCAUAAUCAUUCCAAAGCAAGGUAUGACUUUUGCUCCAAUAAUGAAGAGCCCUUGAUCCUGGAUCCUGAUAGCAACAUAGGAAAUAGGAUUGAGAGCAUCACUCAGCGCACGGCAAUAAUUGAAGGAAAGAAUAAGACGGCUAGCACCUUGGUUGUGGCGGACUCUAGGAUUUCUGGAAUCUACAGUUGUGUGGCUUCUAAUAAAGUAGGGACUGUGGAAAGAAGCAUAAAAUUUUACAUCACAGACGUGCCCAACGGAUUUCACGUAAACUUGGAAAAAAUGCCCACGGAAGGAGAGGACCUGAAACUGUCCUGCACAGUUAACAAGUUCUUAUACAGAGACAUUACUUGGAUUUUGCUGCGGACAGUUAAAAACCGAACCAUACGCCACAGCAUCAGCAAGCAAAAAAUGGCCAUCACUAAAGAGUACUCAGUUACUCUCGAUCUCACCAUCAAGAAUGUCUCCAUGGAGGAUUCAGGCACCUAUGCCUGCAGAGCCAGGAACAUAUACACAGGGGAAGAAAUCCUUCAGAAGAAAGAAGUUACAAUUAGAGAUCAGGAAGCACCACAUCUCCUGAGGAACCUCAGCGACCACACGGUGGCCCUCAGCAGCUCUACCACAUUAGACUGUCGUGCUACUGGUGUCCCCGAGCCUCAGAUAACCUGGUUUAAAAACAACCACAAAAUACAGCAAGAACCUGGAAUUAUUUUAGGACCAGGAAGCAGCACGCUGUUUCUGGAAAGAGUCACAGAAGACGAUGAAGGCGUCUAUCACUGCAAAGCCACCAACCAGAAGGGGUCCGUGGAAAGUUCGGCAUACCUCACUGUUCAAGGAACCUCGGACAAGUCUAACCUGGAGCUGAUCACGCUGACGUGCACCUGUGUAGCUGCAACCCUCUUCUGGCUCCUACUAACGCUCUUUAUCCGGAAACUGAAAAGGUCUUCCUCUGAAAUAAAGACUGACUACCUGUCGAUUAUAAUGGACCCGGACGAAGUCCCCCUGGAUGAGCAGUGUGAGCGGCUCCCCUACGAUGCCACCAAGUGGGAGUUCGCCCGGGAGAGACUCAAACUGGGCAAGUCACUUGGAAGAGGGGCUUUUGGAAAAGUGGUUCAAGCGUCUGCAUUUGGCAUUAAGAAAUCACCCACGUGCCGGACUGUGGCUGUAAAAAUGCUGAAAGAGGGGGCCACAGCCAGCGAGUACAAAGCUCUGAUGACCGAGCUCAAGAUCCUGACCCACAUCGGCCACCAUCUGAAUGUGGUCAACCUGCUGGGAGCCUGUACCAAGCAAGGAGGGCCUCUGAUGGUGAUCGUUGAAUAUUGCAAAUACGGAAAUCUGUCCAACUACCUUAAGAGCAAACGAGACUUAUUCUUUCUUAACAAGGAUGCAGCCUUACACGUGGAGCCAAAGAAAGAAAAAACGGAGCCAGACCUGGAGCAAGACAAGAAACAAAGACUAGAUAGUGUGACCAGCAGCGAGAGCUUCGCAAGCUCUGGGUUUCAGGAAGAUAAAAGUCUGAGCGAUGUUGAGGAAGAGGAGGAUUCCGAUGAUUUGUACAAGCAGCCCAUCACUAUGGAAGAUCUGAUUUCUUACAGUUUUCAAGUGGCCAGAGGCAUGGAGUUUUUGUCUUCCAGAAAGUGCAUUCAUCGGGAUCUGGCAGCAAGAAAUAUUCUCUUAUCAGAGAACAAUGUGGUGAAGAUUUGCGACUUUGGCCUGGCCCGGGAUAUUUACAAGAACCCCGAUUAUGUGAGAAAAGGAGACACUCGACUUCCUCUGAAAUGGAUGGCCCCUGAAUCCAUCUUCGACAAAAUCUACAGCACCAAGAGUGACGUGUGGUCUUUUGGAGUGCUGCUGUGGGAAAUCUUCUCCUUAGGUGGGUCUCCGUAUCCGGGAGUGCAGAUGGACGAGAACUUCUGCAGCCGUCUGAAGGAAGGCAUGAGGAUGAGAGCCCCCGAAUACGCGACUCCUGAAAUCUAUCAGAUCAUGCUGGACUGCUGGCACAAAGACCCGAAAGAAAGGCCGAGAUUUGCAGAACUUGUGGAAAAACUAGGCGAUUUGCUCCAAGAAAAUGUACAACAGGAUGGUAAAGACUAUAUCCCACUAAAUGCCAUACUGACAGGAAACAGCGGGUUUACCUACUCCUCUCCUGCUCUCUCCGAGGACUUUUUCACGGAAAAUCUUCUGGCUCCAAAGUUUAAUUCAGGAAGUUCUGACAGUGUCAGAUAUGUAAAUGCUUUCAAUUUCAUGAGCUUGGAGAGAAUCAAAACCUUUGAAGAACUUUCACCAAAAGCCACCUCCAUCUUUGAUGAUUACCAGAUGGACAGUAGCUCCCUGCUGGCUUCCCCCUUGCUGAAGCGGUUCACCUGGGCUGAGAGCAAACCCAAGGCCUCCCUCAAGAUUGACUUGAGAGUAAGCAGUAAAAGUAAGGAGUCGGGGCUUUCCGACCUCACGCGGCCUCCCCUCUGCCAUUCCAGGUGUGGGCGCAUCAACAGCGGCCGGCGCAGGUUCACAUACGACAACUCGGAGCUGGAGAAGGAGAUUUCGUGCUGCUCUCCGCCCCCAGACUACAACUCGGUGGUCCUGUAUUCCACCCCGCCUAUCUAAAGUUUGACACGUAGCCUUAUUUCUAGACCCACACGAGUAUUUAUACCCCCUGAAAACUAGCUUUUGCCAGCAUGACAUAUACAUAAAUGUACACUUUGACCUUUCCACAGGAGCGAGCUGCCUGUUGUGAUUUUUUAAUAAGUGCUUCUUUUUUUUUUUUUUUGACUAACAAGAAUGUAACCCCAGAUAGAGUAAUAGUGAUAAGUAAAGAACACCACUGGUAAAUCUUCACAUUAUUCAGUAUGUUAGAGAAACUCUAUUUCUAAGCCCAAUGACUUAACCUGCUCCCACCCCACAAGACUGCAGAGCAUUCGGUGACUCAGGAGAUGCACUGAUCACGUGAGGCAGCGUGGACUCCACGGGACCAGCCACCAGCACCCGGAACCAGGAGGCGACACACUGUAAGCCGGCCUAUGCAAUGUCUCUAGGGUCCUCUAGCAGAUGCAACUUCCGUGGAAGACAGAGAAGGAAGGAAGGCAGAAGGGAAGAAGAGAGCAAACAGGACAAAGCACUGGAGAGAAUCUGCACCGUCCCGUAUGGGAAGGGAGGAGGUGAGGGCUCAGCCAUGGCACUGCGAUGGCUUCCAGACCCCGACCAAACCCGGGCCACCCUGGCAACCCAGCUGGGGAACAGACAGGACAGAUGAGGGGACCGUUUCUGGAUCCAGCAGCCAAGUAAAAGAUAAAUCUUUUUUUUUUUUUUUGCAACUACAAAACAAAUUUGAAAACGUUAGUUAGCUAUGGGACUGGAUAUGUGCCCCUUCCCAUAUAUGGCACAUUUUAAAACUUCUAGCACUGAGCGUGGCACUCAGAUCUGAGCCUGGACUGCAGGCCCCUCUAGCAAAUACAAUGAAAGCUCACCCUGAGUUCGGGGUGAUGGCCUCGCCCUUAGCAGAUCGCUCAGAGUCAGCUCAUUAGAAUGUGUUUGGUCUGUUAGAGUUACCUAUUGGGCUUUAAGCCACAUUUAAAAAUAUAUUGUCAGAUUCUAUUUUGAGUAUUAAUAUAUAAUCAAGACACUUCACUAUUUUUUACAUUAACCUGUUUUGUCCAGUUAGUUAUAAAAGGAAGCUGAGAAGGAUGUAAAUGAGUCUUGUGGACAGUUUCCUCUAUGCCAAAACCAGGAUAGAUGGAGCAAAGGCAGGAUGAGCACAGUGGAAAAAACCCAUCUCUUUACCACCCAAACCAACUCACUGGAACAGUUGGGUCCAAAGGAGAGGAAGCCAAUCAUGUUUCCUUUUUAACGGGGAUUCUACGAUCUCAUGCUGGUCUACUGGAAUGAUGUAAGAGUGUUGGCCAAUGUUUAUUAAGCACUUUAUGCUCCUGGAGAAAAAUGGCGAUAUGUAAUUUAUGCAAGAUACUUUUAGAAUUGGGACUCAGGAUAUUAGUUGUUGAGCCAUCAAUAGCAGACAAAAGCCUCUUUUCGUCUGCUAUGGACCUGCCUUGGGUCUGGGAAUGAUGAAAGUAGGGAGACAGGGUACAAAAGGGUGCCUACUCUUUGGGGAUCUAAAGACCCUGAAUCUCUCAGCUGGCUCUGUCCUAUGCUGUGUAUUUAAGGCGUAUGUACCUUGUAGAGCCGGUCAAAGCGGGACAGGCCACAGUGAAUUGCUGCUUCUGGUAGAAAAGAGUAUGCUUCCCUUUAGGCAAGUAACUUAACUCUAGAACCCGAAACAUAAUAGAAGAAUCUUUACUUCCUUCCCUGUGUGUCACAUUCCUGUGUCAAGGCUCUUAAUAUGAGGGGAUGGGACAGUCCACACACCCCAAGGAAAGAAGCAGGUGGUCCAGUGGGGGCUCUGCUGGAGAAGCAUCUGGCCAGCAGAGAAGUGAGGCAUGCCUCUCCACCUCGAGCUCAGGCCAGACCAAAUCAUCCCAGGGCCAGAAGAGGGGCAAAGCUUUGUUCUUCCUCUUCUUCGCAUGUACAAAAAGCACCUGUGACAGUUGGCGACAGUAUCAGGUCACCAAAAGGAGGUUCAUCAGGGAAAAUAAAAGAAGACCUCAAUCAGCUGUGCUGACUUUUCAUAUCAGAUAAGGAUCCAGCAAUGAGGGAAAACAAAAACCUUAACUAUACACACAGUAUCUUGAUUUCACGAACCUAAUUCUUAAUUGUUCAAAGGCCUUACUUAGUAAUACCAUCUUUCCAAAAGAAAAAAACCUUCAGACUUACAUUAGUUCAGCUGCUUCAAAAAUGUUCCCAUCUAGAGUGUUAACACAGAAAGGAAAAUGGAGGCUUGCAGUAACAAGUCCAGCCAGUUGCAGAGUUCUUGCCACAGACUGGUUCAUUAACCGGCACCGAACAUUCAAUAGCACUGAAAAUUAGAACACUAGUUAACCAAUGAUAUUAUUAGAACAUUUGGCAUUUGUGACAAAAAUAGUUGGCAGUAACAAGGAAAGCAACAUUUCCUUUCAGGAUCUGUGAGAUCAUGUAUGUGUAACAGUGUGGGUGGAAUGGGACUGAAACCAUAUGGAAGUCUGUAUCUAGUUAAGUUGAAGAAGUGAUGCUCAGACCUUUGUGUUAGCCCAUGGAACAAAUCUGUCCAAACCCUGAAAAAUGUUGUGUAGGUCUUCUAGCUGUGCCUUGUUUCCCAGCCUAUAAAGAGGGUCAAACAUGAACAGACACUUGCCAGCCCCUUUGAAUUGUGAAAGGAGUGUGUCUUUGGCAGUGGUAGUAACUAUAUGUGUAUAUACGUUGUGUGUGUGUUGUGCGUGACUAUUUAAGGAAACUGGAAUUUUACUUUUAUACAGACCAAGAAUAUAUGCUGCAGAUAUAAAGUAAGACUUAAUUUGGUCCUACAUCUCUAGUCACUAUGAAUGUAUUUUGUAUGCUAUCUUCAUAUAAUAAAAUUAACUUCUAAAAACAUCUA